AUGAAUUCCACAACUUCCUCUUCUUCCGGCAAUAAUAGCGUCUCGUCUAAAUUGUCAACGUCUUCGCUGGCCCGGGGCCCGAAAUUGCAGAAUGUUCUCACGUCAGCAUCUUUUGGCAUUGCUGCCAAUAUCAAUACUGCUUUUUCCGCCGCCUCAUCAGUCCCUUCGAGCGCUAUCACUUCUUCCACAACAACAUCUACUCCUACCACCGCUACUACCACCACGUCAACCAGUCCUACUUUUGCUCCUCGAACUAGUUUCUCUAAUGCUUCAAGCCCCGCUGGAACACCUUAUAUGCUUGCUACUGACAGCAGUCGUGGUCGUUACCUCCAAAGCACAUUGGCAUCGCCGGCUCCCCUCGAGUUGGACGAGUCCCUUGACAACAUGAUGGCUGUAAACAGCAUUCCUUCUGUUCCGCCCCAACCCAUUGAUCAAGUCCCCAUUACAGCAAAGGGAACUACAGGCCUGAUGCGCAGGAUCUCUCGAGGCGCAGCAAAUAAAUUAACGAGACGUCGUCAAUCGUCCACCCAACGUGACAAGCGAGAGAGGAGCUCCGGCCCUGUCAUCAUGCGAAGACGAAGUGACAGCAAGACUCAUCCUCUCACCGGUCGAGAAAGUACUCUAGAUUGGAGUUUCGACGACGAAGAUAACGACCUUUAUGAGCCAUUUAACAGCGGCUGGGCUGGCUCCGAAGCGACCAGCAUCAGCAGUGAUCUCCCUGGCACUAUUCUGCCUCGUGAAGCCGGUGUUGUGGCUCCUAAAGUCGAUUCUGUACUUCAGCGUGGCACAUUACUUACCAAGGUCACCAAGAAAAAGAAAAAGCAAGUUCGCUUCUUCUUGGACCUUGAAGCCGCAAAAGUACGAUGGGAUUUGUCUAACCCUUCCAAAAGGUUCUAUAUUGAUGAUAUCAAACAAAUACACGUUGGUGCAGAUGCUCGCAACUAUCGUGAGGAGUAUCAGGUUUCAGCUGAAGCCGAAAGCCGAUGGAUUACAAUCGUCCUCCACGACCCCGAUCGAUCAAAGGGGUCGUCCAAGUUCAUGCACCUCAUUACCCCUGAUGACUAUACUUUGGAACUCUGGACCGCUACUCUUGAGCAUGUCAUGCGUUACAGGAUUGGUCUAAUGACCGGACUUACAGGAUCCAGUCAGAGCGAAUCUUCACUACGUAACAGCUGGCAGCGCGAGAUAUCUAGAAUGCACUCAAAUAAACUGCAACCUGCGGAAACCGAAUUCUUGGACCUACCUGCCAUUGAGUCUGUCUGCCAAAGUCUGCAUAUCAAUUGCUCAAAAGAUAUGCUUCGCGCUCAAUUUGCCAAAGCUGAUGUCACAGGGAAAGGUAACUUGAAUUAUUCAGAAUUCAAGGAGUUCAUUGCUGGUCUGAAAGAGCGCAAAGAUUUGAAACAACUAUAUAAACAGCUUGCAUUGAGCAACCCUGAAGAAGGUCUGAGUCUUGACGAGUUUCUCGAAUUCCUUCGCGUUGUUCAACGGGAAGAUAUCAUUCGUGAUAGGGAUUACUGGUCGUCGAUCUUUGAGAGGGUUGUACGUCGAACUCGUGCUAGAGCAAACAGUCUGCCGGAGCCUUCAGACACCAAUCUCCCACGAAUGAACUUGGAUGCUUUGACAUCCUUCCUCCAGUCAGAAGCAAACGGCAUAUACUCUUCUCAUGCGCCUGAAUCUCGCUUUGAUCGUCCGUUGAACGAAUAUUUCAUUUCCAGUUCACAUAAUACCUACCUUCUCGGUCGCCAGGUAGCUGGGGCCUCGAGCACAGAAGCUUAUAUUACUGCUCUUCAACAGGGAUGCCGCUGUGUUGAAAUCGACUGUUGGGACGGGUCUGACGGUCGUCCCAUUGUUUCACAUGGACGUACCUUAACGACUAGUGUCUUAUUCGCUGAUUGCAUCACUGUGAUCAACCGAUACGCCUUUAUUUCUUCUGACUUUCCUCUGAUCCUGUCACUAGAAGUCCAUUGCAAUCCGGAACAGCAAUUCGCAAUGGUGAAGAUCAUGAAGGAGACAUUUGGAGAGCAGUUGAUUCUCGAGCCUCUACUUACCAACUGUGCAAUACUCCCGUCACCAGAGGAGCUAAAGAACAGGAUUUUAGUCAAAGUCAAAACUUGCGAUGAGCCGCAGAGCAGCUUUCUCCCUGAGGAAGUCCCUACGAAAAGCAGUUUUCAUGGUCGCAAGCGAAGCUCCAGUACCCCGUUCUUAAGAAGCACAGGCUACGAAAGCCUUCACGGCGCCGCCGGUAUUCCACUCUCGAGUCCUCCAUCAAUCGGGCCACCAUUAGACACAAGCAUGCCAAUGCCCGUAAUUGCCCCAGGACGUCGUUCGGGAACAACCACUAGCCUGAGCAGUGCCACAGAGGAUAGCGAUAGUGCACUGAUCAACGCCAAUAGAGAGAAGAAACGGCGCCAACGAAGCAAAAUCACUAAGCCGCUGUCUGAUCUCGGUGUCUAUACGCGCGGUUACAAGUGGCACAGCUUUGCUGCUCCCGAGAGCAAGCAAUACAAUCACGUCUAUUCAUUUGCAGAACGGGCUUACGAAAGUGUGUGCCGUGACGCCGAGAGUAAAGCCCUGUUUGAGAUUCACAACAGACGUUUCCUCACGCGAGUCUACCCGUCAGCCUUCCGCUUAAAGUCAUCUAACUUCGAUCCGACGUCGUUCUGGCGGAGCGGCGUUCAAAUGGCCGCCCUCAACUGGCAGACGUACGAUAUUGGCAUGCAGAUGAAUCAGGCAAUGUUUGCUGCUGGCACUGAUCGUACUGGCUAUGUGCUCAAACCUGAGGCGUUCCGUCGGCCUGCUUCCGCGCUAGAUGCAUUCAGUGAAGGGAAACUCGCUACUACAGAGCGGGAAAUUGUUCGAUUGUCUGUUGAUAUCAUUUCAGCUCAGCAGCUCCCACGACCACGAAGCAUGGGACCAGACGACAAUAUCAACCCAUAUAUCGAAGUUGAGAUGUAUUCAGCUGAUGAUCGUGGACAGUGCGUUGCCCUUGGUGGCGGCGGACAAGACGUAUCGGCUCGUAAUGGCAUGUCUGGAUUAGGGCUACCGCAUCGCCGUCGAACCAAGAUCGAGGCAAGCAACGGGUUUAGUCCAGUGUUCAAUGAGAAGCUGUGGUUGGCUGUUGAGACCAAAUAUCCCGAUCUUGUCUUUAUUCGUUGGACGGUUUGGAGCUCACCUGAUGGACGUACUGGUGGAAGCAGCAGUGCUAUUCAGCUUGCCAGCUUUACUGCAAAAUUCAGCAGUCUGUCUCAAGGCUAUCGGUAUCUCCCAUUAUAUGAUGACAGCGGAGAUCAAUACUUGUUCUCUACGUUGUUCUGCCGAAUCACCAAGGAGGAAUUAGUACCAGUCCAGCGCUUGGACCUGGACGAACUCAAGGCCGAGCGAAAAGGACUGUUACAACAGAUCAGUCAGACUGUCAAACGAACUCGCUCCAAAGACCGUGAUCGAGCUAUGAAAACCGGUGCUGACCGAGUUGAUUCUGAGUCUAUACGAAGCAAAGAUUAUUCUCCGUUCUUAAGACCCGUGGGGUCUGCAUCACCGACAAUUCCACCAUUGAAUGCACUUUCUUAA